GGCGGCCCGCGCUGCGCCGGCCUCAUGGACCAGGACUACGAGCGGCGGCUGCUGCGGCAGAUCGUGCUGCAGAACGAGAACACCGCGCCCGGCGUGGCCGAGAUGCGCCGCACGCUGACGCCCGCCAACUCGCCCGUGUCCUCGCCCAGCAAGCACGGCGACCGCUUCAUCCCCUCGCGGGCCGGAGCCAACUGGAGCGUCAACUUCCACCGCAUCAAUGAGAACGACAAAUCCUCCAGCCAGAACCGGAAGACCAAGGACGCCGCCUCGGACAACGGCAAAGACGGCCUGGCCUACUCGGCGCUGCUGAAGAACGAGCUCCUGGGCGCCGGCAUCGAGAAGGUCCAGGACCCACAGACAGAGGACCGGCGGCUGCAGCCGUCCACGCCGGAGAAGAAGGGGCUCUUCACGUAUUCCCUGAGCGCCAAGCGCUCCAGCCCCGACGACGGCAACGACGUGUCCCCCUACUCCCUGUCCCCUGUCAGCAACAAGAGCCAGAAGCUGCUGCGUUCGCCCCGCAAGCCCACGCGCAAGAUCUCCAAGAUCCCCUUCAAGGUGCUGGACGCGCCGGAGCUGCAGGACGACUUCUAUCUCAACCUGGUGGACUGGUCCUCGCUCAACGUGCUCAGCGUGGGGCUGGGCACCUGCGUCUACCUGUGGAGCGCCUGCACCAGCCAGGUGACGCGGCUCUGUGACCUCUCCGUGGAAGGGGACUCGGUGACCUCCGUGGGCUGGUCGGAGCGGGGGAACCUGGUGGCCGUAGGGACGCACAAGGGCUUCGUGCAGAUCUGGGACGCGGCGGCCGGCAAGAAGCUGGCGGUGCUGGAGGGCCACACGGCGCGCGUGGGGGCGCUGGCCUGGAACGCUGACCAGCUGUCGUCGGGCAGCCGCGACCGGAUGAUCCUGCAGCGGGACAUCCGCUCCCCCCCGCUGCAGGCCGAACGCCGGCUGCAGGGCCACCGCCAGGAGGUCUGUGGCCUCAAGUGGUCCACGGACCACCAGCUGCUGGCCUCGGGGGGCAACGACAACAAGCUAUUGGUGUGGAACCACUCGAGCCUGAGCCCAGCACAGCAGUACACAGAGCACCUGGCGGCCGUCAAGGCCAUCGCUUGGUCGCCACACCAGCACGGGCUGCUGGCCUCUGGGGGCGGCACAGCCGACCGCUGCAUCCGCUUCUGGAACACGCUCACGGGGCAGCCGCUGCAGUGCAUUGACACGGGCUCACAGGUCUGCAACCUCGCCUGGUCCAAGCACGCCAACGAGCUGGUCAGCACGCACGGCUACUCGCAGAACCAGAUCCUGGUGUGGAAGUACCCAUCCCUCACGCAGGUGGCCAAGCUCACCGGGCACUCGUACCGCGUCCUCUACCUGGCCAUGUCCCCCGACGGUGAGGCCAUCGUCACGGGGGCCGGAGACGAGACCCUGCGCUUCUGGAACGUCUUCAGCAAGACCCGCUCCACCAAGGAGUCCGUGUCCGUCCUCAACCUCUUCACCAGGAUCCGGUAAAACGGCUGCAGGGAUGGACCGCCGCCCAGGACCGGCCGGCGGAUGCAACAGGACAGAGGGACAGACCUGUGGGCGGCCGGCCCUGCACUGACUACAGACUGCCUCCUCCGCACUGUGGCUGCUGAGUGCGGGGCUGGACCGGGGGCGGACAGACACAUGGACAGACUGGAAGGCGACCCGUCCGCGCCCCCACACUGCCCAGCUCACCGCCAGGACCUCACCGCCUUGCUGUCCCUGCAGGACUGACUCUCGGGGCUCCCCCUGGGCACUGUCCCACCCAUGCGGCCUUGGGGUGCCUGGCGCCCCCAAACGCCGCCUGCGCGCGUGCAUGUGUAUAUACGUAUCUGUGCUCCCCAUCUGUUCUCGGCCCCAGCACAUCUUCUAGCACGGGCCGAUUCUUUCCUCAGAAGAGCAUUCCGUCUGGGGGGGCUACCCCGUACCUCUCGCUGUCAUUAAACCCCUUGGUGUCUGCAUGCCCGG